AUGGGGUCGAGCGCGGUUCAACUGUUCAACUUCGGUGUACAGUACGUGGGCAGCCUUCCAAAGCUCCACAAUCGAGUUGCCCGAUUGGGUGCCGUUUGCACCACUGGCAACGGUGCUUCCCUGGUGAAUCGCCUCGAGGAGUGCAAGUCCGCCAUCCAGAAGCCUGGGAUCAAGCCAGAGAGCAAGGUUGCAGCUUUCGAAGCCUGCCGCAAAACUGUCACUGAUGCCUCCGCGCUGAUUUUCCUUAAGGUAUUGAUGGAAAACCCGAGGGCCCACCAGUCGUCCCACACGAUUGGUAUCUCGGAGACCUUCUACCAUGCGGAGGAGAACUCGGUCCCGUGCAAGGUGACCUCGGCGGCGACACUGGCUGAUGCACAGAGAUCUCAGGCUUGA